AUCUAUUUUUAACUGAACAUUCCCUCUAAGAAACGCGUUGCUUAAAAUAACUAUUAAAGUUGCAUCCAAUGCAGACACGUAGGACUUUAGUCGACAGAAACUUAUGUGACUUCGCUUCUAAAUGUCCUUGUUACUUAAAUUAACUACCUAGUAUUUCUUUAACUUUAGUAUGUCUAACGUAAAAUUAGCCAUACGAGUUAGACCAUUUACAGAAAAAGAACUCAAAUCAGAGAAAGAACGAGUGCCAGUUGUGAGUGUAGUUGAUGAAAACACUGUAACCAUCACAAAUAUAAAGGUAAGCGCAUCAGGCGCAGGCGACAGCCGCGAACGCGUGCGUCGUUUUUAUGCUGACUACACCUUUGAUAGUGCGUGCGCACCCACGCAUCCGAACUACGCUUCACAGGAAAAGGUAUUCGACAAAGUUGGUCGUCAAGUGUUGAGCAGGAUAUCGCACGGGCAAUCGGCAUGCGUUCUUACUUACGGUCAAAGUGCUACGGGGAAGACCCAUACCAUGAUGGGUUCGACAACGCAUCCGGGCCUGGUACCGCGCAUUUGUAUGGCUUUAGCUGAUACAAGGCCCUUUGAUAUUACUGUCAGCUUUCUGGAGAUAUAUAACGAGCGGGUGCAUGAUCUAUUAGCCGGCGAAGUGUUGCCAGUGAAUUCCCUUCCAAGAAGAAAAGGUAAUGCACGCAAAGACCUGCGUGUCAGGGAGCAUCCUACUAAGGGACCUUACGUACAAAAUCUACGGCAAGUGACUGUGCAUGAUGCGGAGUCCCUACUGACCGUGGUCACGGAAGGCUCGCGGCGCCGUUACACUGCCGCUACUAGACGGAACACAUCUUCCUCCAGAUCCCAUGCCCUGCUUGAGUUGGUAACUCCGCACUGCAAGCUACAUCUCGCCGACCUUGCUGGCAGCGAAAAAUCAGGCUGGGAGGGUUGCGGUGGUCGCCAAAAAGAAGGAGCUAACAUUAACAAAUCAUUAGUAGCGCUGAGCAAUGUAAUAUCAGCACUUGUAAGUGGUGGUUCUGGCCGUGGCAGGUUUGUGCCCUAUCGCGACUCAGCGCUGACUUGGCUUCUGAAAGACUGCUUUACUGGUGGUGGAAGCAUCUUCAUUAUAGCAACCGUAUCGCCAGGAGCAGCGUGCUACGGGGAGUCCGCGUCCACACUGCGUUGGGCGGCCAGCGCGCGCUGCUUGCCAACUGCUCGACCACUCGCUGCCCCACAGUCGAUAUCUAAAGCAGCCCUACAAGCUCAGCUUAAUCAGCUAAUAGCUGAUCUUGCUAACCAUUUUAUUAAAUAUAAACCAGACACUGGUCAACUUAUAUACGAUGAGAAGCACUGGGAUCUACAGAUAAAUAACAGACAAAGAGUUGUCAAUCAAGAGGCAAACAUAGGGAACAUAAUGAGUUUUCGAUAUCCGAAUACUCGUAAUUCGGAGUCUACACCAUCGUCUAUUGCAAGCGGUAGUUCGGAUAUCAUAAACAACAUGGAUAAUAACGCAGAAAUAAGCAAUGAAAUUAACAAAGAGAUGGAUAAACUAUUCGGCCCCGCCCUAGAGAGAACCAGAAGCGGGAGUGAUAUAGAAGUAGCUGCACCACUAAAACACAGAAAAAAACAAUUCCGCUCUCAAGAAGUGCUAUCUAAUGACAAGCCACAUAAUUAUCAAGGUGAUCGCCUAUCUGACGCUGAUCCUGAUGAAACUCAUAACGAUGAACUUAAAAACAAAGAAGACAGCGUGUCACAAGUGCCGAUUCUUUAUGACAAUCAAAGAGCAGAAAUUAUAGCUUCAGUGACGGAAAGACUGUAUUCUAAACUUAAAAAGAAUGAGUUUCCUCCUAGUAAUGCCGAAUCGAAAGCUGUGCCUUUAAAUGAACUAAAAAUUUGUUCUAAUGCAAGACAACGUCUCAUGGAGAUAAGCAAAAAGGCAUUGAAGAAUAAAAGAAGAAUAGGAAUACCAGCGCAUACGCAAACACGAAGAUUUGUGGUUCGCGUUAAAGAUCAAGGAAUUGAUAUUCAGACAGAUCUCCAGUCGUACGCAAGAUAUCAAACUCAAACUGGCGUAUUACGGCAAGAUGCUAGUACUGCAACCAUUCCUAUGACACCACGGUCAAAAGAAAUAGCAGUUGGACCAAAGUACAGUAAUUUGAGUUUCGAUGAUAGAGGUACGACUACUGAAAAUAAACAAGUGGCAUGUAGAAGUUCAUCCGUAAUGACGGAUAUUCUAACAACAAGUGAUAGAUGUACUCAAACACAAUUUAAACCAUCGCCACCUAGACAAAAAAAACGCAGGUCUAUUUAUUCAAAGUAUUUAAGGAAAAUUGAUAAUAUGAAAUCUAGCACGGAUGAGAAUAAUGCAUCUCCUAUCAUAAAUAUCAACAUAUCCCCUAUGUAUCAAUCAGAUACAGAAUCUCAAAGUUCAGUUGAAGUAACCGAAAAUACAACAGAAGCUGAAACAGAAAAACGUAGUGUAACAACAACACCAGAUUUAUUGACAAACCAUAACAAUAUUGUCAAACAAAUUGAGAAAGUUCAAAUAGUUGAAGGAGAUGAUCAAUUAACAGAAAAACUGAAUGAACCAUGUACAACUAACAACUUAAUCACAUCGCAAAACAUAAAGCAAGAAACGAAUGAAUUUGAUUUUUCUGAAGACGAAUUACCGUUACCUCGUGUAACCGUAGACUGUAACCGAAAAGUAGGUAGGAAGGACUACAUGGAUUUAAUUCUUGGUCGAAAUGAAGAUUUUUAUCCAUAUAAUAUAAAACUUUCUCCAACAAAACAAAGAGAUGAAACGAAUAGAGUUAUAAGAUUUAAAAAUUUAGAUGACCCACCUACAAAAUGUUGUAGUGAAAAACGGCGCAAAAAACCAAACACGAGCAUAAAGUUAAAAAUUGGUGAAAAGAAAUGUGACUGUUCACAGGAUACGGAGAGUGAUUCUGAUUUAUUAGAAACAAGUGAAAACGAUAGUUUUAUUUGGAAGAAUAUAGAUAAACACUCUAAAUAUCAAACUAAACAAGAGAACGUGUUUUUAGGUUUGAAUAAUAAAGAUAACUGUUCAUGUAAAAUGAAAUCAUGCCGUGAAAAACGAUGUUGUCACGUUUACAGUAAUGAAAAUGAAUUUAAAAUCAACGAUCAUAAACAAUCUAGAGUUGAUAACAAAUACAGAAGAGACAACUCGUUCGUUUCAAUCGAGAAGAAUGUUGAGAAGGCAUGCCGAAGUCUGGAAUCUUCUGUGAAUAGGUAUAAAGAUUAUCUUGAUGAUUACAAAGAGAAAAAUCACUAUUGUGAUUCAGAAUCUUAUAAACGUACACCAACUGAAUAUUUACAGCAUUUGAUCAAAUUGAGAAAAGCAGCUGUUAAAUCAGAUACUUUAUGCUGAAACAAGCAGAUAUAUUAUGAUUAAGACGUGAGUAUUUAUAGGUCCAUGGAUGAAGUAUACAAAAUAAACGGUCGGUUGUACGAGUGUCUUGAAAUGAGCAUAAAAUAUUUUCCUUCGACUAUUUCGAAAUGAUUUUUGA